UCCAACAUGCAUUUAUGUCCGUCUCAUAUAAAUCACCAAUUGCAUCUCCUUUUUGUGCCGCAAUCACUAGCGAACAUGCUACCUGCAUCUCGCUAACUCUUAACAAUUUCCUACUUCAAGAAAACUUUGUCUUUCUUAUAUUCAAACUUCUGUAUCUCUCUUUCCUCUCAUGGCUCCCAAGAAUACUGUAACUGAUGCAUCCACUAAAAAAGUUAUGAGCAAAGGAGCAUGGACGGCUGAGGAAGAUAACAAACUAGCUCACUGCGUUGAAGUUCAUGGUGCCAGAAGGUGGAAAACAGUUGCACUUAAAUCAGGUUUAAAUCGAUGUGGAAAGAGUUGCAGAUUGAGAUGGAUGAACUAUUUGAGACCUAACAUCAAGAGAGGCAACAUAUCAUGUGACGAAGAGGACUUGAUUAUCAGGCUUCAUAAGCUGCUAGGAAACAGGUGGUCACUGAUUGCUGGGAGACUUCCAGGACGAACAGAUAAUGAAAUUAAGAACUACUGGAAUUCUCAUUUGAGCAAGAAAAUUAUAGAUCAAACUCAAAAGGAGAAAAUGCCAGAUCAACCUUCCACACCGCUAGCCACCAUGCACCAAAAGACUUCGGAUGCCAUUCAGGUCGAGGAAGAGGGCAGCGCUAGAGAAGCAUGGAACUUGGAGACUGGGAACUUUGAUGUCGACGAGUUCUUUGACUUCUCCGCUGAAGGAUCUUAUUGGGUUGAUAAAUCUCUUCAACUUGAUGGGGAUUCAGUGGCUCACCGAUCGCCGAUCGUGAAGAGAACUGGGUUCUACAACCACCUGUUUGUCCCCGGAAGCGGUGUAAGAAUGUUAUGGACAACCGCGAAGGAUGCUCUGCUGUCAUCUCUACACAAGAAAUCUGGAAAUCUCUUCCUCCUCAACAUUCCUUCUAUGAUAUCAAAUUUCCCACGCGCUAUGUAUGAUUGUAAGUAUGGGAGUCACAGAUUCGAGUUUUCCAAGUACCUGUUGCAAGAGCCAACAGCUCCAGCUAACAGACACUUAUCAGGUUACGAGUUACAAAUGGCGCAGCUGUCAUUUUACACAUCGCUAAGAAUUAAACGUCUGGUUCAAUCAUUUUGUAUGCGAAAUCCGAGCUCCUCCGUUUCAUGGCAGGGGAGUCCUGGGAGUGGUGACAAAACACCAGCAUAA